AUGUUAUUGUGUGGGAUUCUCAAGCUUUAGUUGGUGAACCUCAGAGGCGUCGAAGGAAAGCUGUGUCAGACCACCAAAACCUAUUGAACUUUUUAAUUGCUCUUGGCAACUCUCCAGAAGAACUCACUCCAAAUUUUCUUGCAGAAAAGGCUAUCACUGAUUAUCUUCGAGAAAUGAUUGGCGAGGCUACAGAACGUUCCGGCGACUUUUGCGGUAGUACCUAUGUAGAUAAAGAAUUCCUCAAAUAUUUCGAAACGAUUUUUUAUCCUAUCGUUGAUCAGAUGCUCCAAUUGAUAGAAGCACAACUUGACAAACGCAUAUAUUGUUCUGUGAUGUUUGUGGUCGGAGGUUUUAUGCGUGGAGCGGUUGAAUAUGGAUUAAAUGAGGAUACUAUUAAGACUCGUGUAUUAAAAUGGACAUACGGUGUUGAGAUUUCUCUAAUAUUUCAUCCAGGUGAUCCGCCAUCACGUAAAACUUUGUGCGGACGUAUUAAGAAAUUCUUUUUGAUAGCCAAAAGAAGUCUUGAGGUGGAAGUAAAUCAGAAAGUUUCUACCACAAUGUAUCCAAUCAAGCCGUAUCAAUAA